GCGUCGUUUAAUGGGAACCAGAUAGUAGCUUGCUGCUAGAUGUCAGCGUCUACUCCUCUAGCGACUCAGAGCAUUGGUUCAAAUAUCUGACUCUUUGAGCCUGAUGUUGCUUCCGAUAUGUGUGGCCGUGAUCAACACGCAGAGCAGUCGAUGCUGGUCCAAGCUAGCGACCCCCACCACGGAUGGAUUGCUGGUAGUCGAAAUUCCAUUCCCACCAAAUUUGCCAUCGAGAAAGUCUUUGAGAGAAUCAUGGGCGAGGGACCGUUUGAUGACGAAGAACAAGAAGGCCAGUGGUGGCAGCAACUGCUAUUAGUUCCGGCAGUAACAGGUAUGCUCCUCCGUCAACAGAACCGCCGUCGAUGGAAGCCGGCCGCGUUGGCACAUAUGUUUGCCCGUCUGCCUGGACUCCAGGAAAUUCAUUACGAGCCUUGGAGGAAAUGGUUCCAUGCUCAGCAACAGUGGACGGACCGAGCUUUACGACUUCUUUUUGAAUCGCUCUCUUCCGAUCGACUACGGAGACUCGUACUCUUCGAGAAUUUCGACCAAACGUACCCAGCUAGCUACAUGAAUAUGGGCGGUGACCCUAUGCGAAUCCCAUCCUCUCAUGUUAGCCGGGCGGUUGCUAACGCCAGUCUCACGCUUGAACACCUCUCGGCGUCGUUCAUAUGGCCCAACUUAACUUGGCUUGCGCUGACUUCACGACUGCUCGUGCCACAGGAGCGCCCGACGGAGUUGGAUGACAUGCUCCGGGCAGCAGCAGCAGCGGCCAUGAAAAUGCCAAAUCUUGAAACAAUGGAAAUAUGGAACGGAGAAAAGGGAUUGGCGAUGCUCUUCAGGUACCAGCGAGCUGAGCAAGGGCAACCUGCUGUAUUAACCUGGAGAGGAACAUGGGAACUGACCCUGCGACCUCUCGUGAUCCAGGCUUGGGACUCCGUAGCACUGAGGCAUCGCGGCCAAGGACAUGUUAUUGUCAAGGAGUUGCUGAAUGCUGGUGCUUGUGUCAAGUCUCAUGGUGAUGCCAUACGCCAUUUGAAACUGUCAAGGCCGGUCAUUCGCCCUGUCUCAUUGCGGCAGAUUCAGAUGGAGCACAUAAUUCGAGAAGGAGUGCAAAGCUAAUAGCCCAAUAUCUGCUACCAGUCUAGGAAUAUGCGGG